AUGGAGACCUUUGGUCCCCCCACGGGUGCCAAGGAGCUAUCGUGGGUGGGCAGUCUGAGCUGUGCCUGCAUUUUUGUCGCCGCCCCAGCAAUCGUGGUGCUCAUCACCAACUUUGGAACGAGCACUGUCCUUGCUUCGGGCGUCCUCUGUGUCACCACGGGCUUUGUCGCCGCCAGUUUCGCUACCACCUACUGGCACCUCUACAUCACCGUCGCGGUUGCGGGAACUGAGCGUGUAGAUGUGGAUACGGAUCGUCGACUUGUAUUGGCGUCAGAGCUGUCAUCACCACAAUCACCACCGCCAACCCCAACCCCAACACUCACAACGGCAUCACCAGCAGGACCAUCACUAGACUUUUCACUGUUCAAAAACCUCCAUUACACACUCAUCUUCAUCUCUACAAACCUCUUCGCCCUCGUCUACCUCGUCCCAAUCCUCUUAACACCCACCUACGCAACCUCCGUCGUCGGCCUCCCACCCUCCAAGGGUGCCCUCAUGAUUACCAUCGUCAGCUCUGUGGGGAUCGUCUCCCGGAUCGUGAUUGGACACCUCGCCGACCGCUACGGAACCCUCAACGCCACGAUCCUGUUCAUGUAA